CCUCGGUGCAAUGGCUUCCGGGAUGGCGUAGGGAACAUUAUGGCUGAAGGCUUGGAGUGUAAAUACUACCUCUCGUGCUUUAACUUCAUCAUCAAUCACGACCCCAUGGCCUGUGCUGGAGGCACCCUAUUCAACCCCGACUCUGGCAUGUGUGAUGCGGAGGAAUGCAACGACAAUAGCGGUUUUUCUAAUUAUGACUGUCAAGAGGGUGCUCUACAAAAUGAUUGUUCCCGUUACAACAUCUGUUUCAACACGCCCAAUGGCACCACCCUCUUCCAGUGUGGCGAGGACACCUACUAUCACAACGGAUUGCGAGUGUGCGUCCAUCCUUACGAGUAUCCGGACCUGCCACAAGAACAGGGAUGUACCUUCAACUCCCGUUAACCGCAGCCACAACUUCAGCAUCUACGUCCACAACAACUACAGCAUCUACCGUGCAAGCAACUAUCUUGUUGCCUAUGACAAGUGUUUACAACAUGAGGGGAGAUUUAGUAUUAACGAUGUUCUGAUAAAUGUAAUGAUAACAUUUUCAUAAAAACAUAAAAAUACUGGGACAAAUGAGCAAUAAAAUGUAAAGAAAA